AUGAAGAACAAACAAGUGGGAGCAUAUGCUUCAAGGAAUCUGAAGGUGCAUGAGAAGCAUUAUUGCACUUAUGUAAUGGAGUUGGCUACAAUUAGUUUUGCACUAAAGAUUGAGAGGCACUAUCUAUAUGGGUGCAAUUUUGAUGUAUUAAGUGACCAUAAAAGUUUGAAAUACUUGUUUGAUCAGAAGGAGCUGAAAGGGUUAAAGUUGUUAGAGGAUUUUCGGGACUUGGAUCUUAAUUUGGAUUCCUUGAUGGGAAAAAUGCAAUAUGGAAUGAUCAUCGUAGAUAAUAAACUGAUGAAUGAGAUAAAAGGCCUUCAAGCGAUCGAUGAGGCUAUUCAGGGGAAGCGAAAGUUGGUUGAGACUAGCAAGGCUCCCGAAUUUAAAAUGGGUCCAGAUAACAUUUUGCGGUGUAAUAAAUGUAUUUGUGUGCCCGAUAAUACAGAGUUGAGAAAGACUACUUUGGAUGAGGUUCAUAAGAGAAAAUUGAGUAUUCACCCUUGUACUACAAAUAUGUAUAAAGACCUGAAGCAGAGAUUUUGGUGGCUAGGAAUGAAGAAAUAA